CUCGGGCGUUGUUCCUGUUCUCGCUGUGUAAUGGCUUGUAGAUCUGCAGCUUUGCGCAAAGCAUGAAACGCAGAACCAGUCGAAGAAACGCCAACACCAGGAAACGCAGUGAGAAGUGAGAAGUGAGAGAAUCCGCAGUAAACAGAAGUGAAUCUUGUCAGCGGGUGCGAUAAGAUGGCCUCAGGUUCCCCUCUUGUGAACGGCGAUCUGUCCCACCCUGCUCAGUCUGAGAGCGCUGGAGCACCACAUGUAGAAGAGACGCUCCAGCAGAUGAACAUCCUCAUCAAAGAGAACCGGGAGCUCAAAGAAGCUCUGAAACAGACUAACUUGUCGAUGAAGGAGAGAUUCGAGGGUCUAUCUGCCUGGAAGGAAAAACAGAAGGAGGAGAGAGUGUUCCUGGAGAAGCGACUCGAGGAGGCCAAGGAAAGAGUUCAAACUCUGGACAGCGAGAACGAGCUGCUAAAGAAACGUGUGCAGGAGAAGGAGAAACAGCAUGUGGGAGCAGAGGAGGGUGAAGGUGGAGGGCUGCAGGCCAAGCUGGAAGCGUUAACGGUUCAGAUCGCCCGCCUCCAGGCUGAGAAGAACGACCUGGUAGCCUUAAACUCUGAACUUCAGCUGAAGAUGAGCCAGGCGUCUCCGGAAGAUUCCUUCAUCGAGAUCCGCAUUGCGAAGGGUGAGAUGGACGUGACCAGAGAUUUACCUUCUCAGCAAGACCUUUCUGCAUCAUUCACGAUUAAACCUGAAAUGGCCGGGUCUCGGCUGGAAUCUGAGGAGCAGACGGUGAGCCAGCUCCUGCAGUCUCUAAGACUCGAGACACAACAAAAAGAGCAACUGCAACUCCAAGUACAGACUGCACAGAAGAGGAUUGCAGAACUGGAGCUGAAGGAACCUAAAUGUGAAAGUGGAACCCAGAUGUCUUUGCCCUAUGUGAACCCCACACAGGAAGCGCAGAGCAAGAGGUCUCAGGAGGAAGCAGACAAAUCUGCGUCUGAGGUAGAGAACCUGAAGACUCAGUUGAUGAAUUUGUUUAAAGAGCUGCAGCAGGCUCAAAGUAAACUGGAUGAAGCGGAGAACAUGAAGAAGAACCUCCAGGACAGGUGUAAGGAGCUGGAGCAGGAUCUGUGCACACUGAAGACUCAGCUCGGGGAGAGAGAGCAGCUGCAGGCGGAGAACGACAGUCUGAAGGUUCAGCUGGAGAGCAUGCAGUCUGCCAACAAACUGGAGCAGAAGAAGGUUCAGGAGGAAAGAAGUGCUUUGGCCCAGCUGAAGGAUGCGUACACCAAACUGUUUGAGGAUUAUGAUGAACUUCAGCAAGAAAACAAGAAACGAAAGGGAAGCAUAUUGCCGGAGGAGCACGGUGAGCUUCAGACCAGAAUGGCUGCAGCGGAAAAAGCUUUAGCGGACAAGCAGCAACAGAUCGACGUAAUGAAGCAAGAGCUGUUUGAGAAGGACAAAGAACUGGAGACCAUCUCUGUGUUUAAGGCUCAGGCAGAGGUGUAUUCCUCAGACUUCUACGCCGAGCGAGCUGCGAGGGAGAAGAUUCACGAGGAGAAAGAACGCCUGGCUGCUCAGCUGGAGUUUAUCAAAAAGCAGAACAUCCAGCUACAGGAUGAGGUGGAGUCAAUGGGCAGGCAGUCCAUGACUGAGAUGCAGAGGAGACACGUGCCUCGUGGUACGAACCCUGCCGAUUCUUCACCACACCACCACCUGCAGGCAGGCAGAGUCGACUGGCAGCAGCAGGGGAAUAUUCCCGAGCACGCCUGUCCUAAAUGUGGGGAAGUCCUUCCUGAUCUGGACUCUCUGCAAAUCCACAUCAUGGACUGCAUCAUCUGAGAUUAAGAUCCUGUCAGGAGCCGUAGAAGUCUAUAGCCGAGUGACACGACAUAACAGGACAGCAGGAUCGGAGAACACGUUCACUAUACAAACCCCUGCACUCAUAUUUAACACGAUCUUCAUACAGAAUAUCAUUCUGUUUAUUCUCUAAAUGCUCUGCAGAUCUAAGUACUUACUGUUCUUCAUCAUGUAACUGAAAGGACAGAGGACGCGGAAAUUCUAAUAUAUAUAUAUAUAUAAAAUAUAAUAUAUAAAGAGAAGAUAUUUUGAUCAUGUUCAUGUUUUGAUCGAGUGAAAUGAAGGUGGGCGGUUGAAUAAGGAUUAGAAACUAUAUUUUGUUUAUUUAAUAAUAUAUAAUGUAUAGAGAGAGAAAAAUGAAGGAGUAUUAACUUUAGCUUUGAUUUAUAUUGGAGAAGAUGCUUUAUGUUGAAAUAUAUUUGUUUAUCAGAAGGGGAAGUGUAUGUAGUAAGCGAUAUCAGGUUGGACAGGUAAGUCGAGGUGAACACAGGUAGCGGGAAUAGCGGAUAAAGCUUUAAAAAAAUGCUCUAAUUCUUUAUCAUGUAUGCAGGGUCUUGUGUCGUCUUUGCUAACAAGGGUAAAGCUGAGUGAGUUAUGGUGCUGAUGCAGUUAUAUCAGCUAUGCAUCCACAUUUAGCCUGUAAUACGAAAAAAACCUCCAAAUAAAGUACUAUAUUAUCAGAA